AUGAAAGGAGAACAUUAUUCUAUGCCUUCAGGUUUCCCAGCCCAUCCAUUAUCUGUCACUGAAAAAGCUCUGGAGUUGGCAGUGGACUUAGGUGUGGCCCGGAGGGAGUCUCUGGAGAGAAACAUGAGUAGUAACAAUUCAUGUACCCUAGCAGAUAUAGCCAACACAGACUUUCGCUAUUUUAUUUAUGCGGUCAUGUACACAGUCAUCCUGGUGCCUGGUCUUAUAGGAAACAUACUAGCUCUGUGGGUCUUCUAUGGCUAUAUGAAAGAGACCAAGCGGGCUGUGAUCUUCAUGAUCAACUUGGCCAUCGCAGACUUAUUACAAGUGCUCUCCUUACCCCUGAGGAUCUUCUACUACCUGAACCAUGACUGGCCUUUUGGGGAAGGCCUCUGUAUGUUUUGCUUCUACCUGAAAUAUGUGAACAUGUAUGCCAGCAUCUACUUCUUGGUGUGCAUCAGCGUGAGGCGGUUCUGGUUCCUCAUGUACCCCUUCCGCUUCACCGACUGCAAGAGGAAAUGCGAUCUGUAUGUCAGUAUAGCCGGCUGGCUCAGCAUCUGCCUCGCCUGCCUCCUUUUCCCCUUUCUCCGGAUCAACCAGGAGAAGGCCAGCAACCGAACCAAGUGCUUCGUGGAUCUGCCCACCAGGAACGUGAACUUGGUGCAGUCCAUUGUCAUGGUGACGGUGGGGGAGCUGGUGGGCUUCAUCACCCCUCUCAUCAUUGUUCUCUACUGUUCCUGGAAGACGGUGUUAUCGCUAAAGGAGAAGUACCCGGUAUCCCAGGACCUUGGGGAGAAGAAGAAAGCUCUAAAAAUGAUCUUAACCUGUGCGGCAGUAUUCUUGAUUUGCUUUGCGCCCUAUCAUUUCAGCUUUCCCUUAGAUUUCUUGGUCAAGGCCAACAAAAUCCAAAGCUGCAGGGCCCAGAAGGUGAUUCUGAUAUUCCACUCAGUGGCCUUGUGCUUGGCGAGCCUGAAUUCCUGCCUGGAUCCAGUCAUUUACUACUUUACCACCAAUGAGUUUCGGAGGCGGCUGUCCAGACAAGAUUUGCAAGACAGCAUCCAACUCCAUAACAAAAAUUAUCCAGGCAGCCAUGCCUCAACAGUCGGAACAGGACUAUGCUGA